UCCUUGUUCUGUUUCUCAAACAACUUGCUUCGCUUUAAGAGAGGCUGGUGUGAAAUCACAGGGAUGCUGGUGACAUGGUUGAUUUCAAUCUGGAUGGCAUGGGGAACAUUGGGGAGUAAUGUCCAUUUUCAAAAAAACAAUAACCAGGAUGGGAGAUGCAUUUAUUCCUUCUCUGUACUCAGCAAAAAUGAAGACAGCUGUGCUGGCUUAAGUGAGGUAUUAAUAACCAUUCAAGAUCUCCAACGGGAGAGCAAAGCUCAGCAGCUGGAACUAGAGUCAACUAGAACUCGGCUUGGCCUUCUGGAGAACCAGGUGAAUCAGCUACAUGGAAGUCAAGUUAGGAUGACUUCUUUAUCUACAGUUGGCUUGCUUCAAAGGGAGGUACAGAGUCUGAAGAGGGAACAAGCCCAGAGGGACAUCCACAUCAGCAGCCUGGAAUCUACCAUAAACGAUCUCCUUCAAGACAAGUCAGCUUUGGAAGAAGAGAAGAAACGGCUGGAAGAAGAAAAGAAUGAGCUGGAGAGAAGGUUAGAGAAAAGCAUUGAGGAGGUGGCUCAGCUGAGAGUAAGCGAUUGUCCUCAGACCAGAAAAGCCAGCAGUGAGUUCCACCAAGGCUCUCAGGAAGUGUCUAAGUGGGAUACUGAAAAUUUGGGCUAUCAGGAGCUCAAAUUAGAGCUUGCUGAGGUUUCUUCAUCUCAUCUCAUCAAAGAAGGCAUUUCACCUUCACCUCCUAGCAUAGAUGCUGAAGAACCAGGUUGUGGAACACUAGUUUGGGUUGGUGCACCAAUGACCUUACACAAGGCUGACACCAUUACAGGAAAGUAUGGUGUGUGGAUGAAGGACCCACAACCUGUGUCUCCAUAUACCAAUGAGACAAUUUGGAGAGUUGACACGGUCAGUGCGGACGUCCGUCAUGUCUUUGAAUAUGAUGAUCUGAAUGAGUUUGUGAAAGGCUACCCUUCCAAAGUUCAUGUGUUGCCCAGAUCCAUGGAGAGCACUGGGGCUGUUGUUUAUCAAGGCUUCCUCUAUUUCCAGAGGCACAAGUCUAGAAUACUGGUAAAAUAUGACCUGAAGAAUGAAGUCAUUGCAAUUCAGAAGGAGUUGCCUGAUGCUGGCUAUCAUGGACAAUUCCCUUACUCCUGGGGUGGAUAUACAGAUAUUGAUCUAGCAGUUGAUGAGAUUGGACUGUGGGUAAUUUAUAGCACUGAAAAUGCCAAGGGAGCUAUUGUGCUUUCUAAACUGGACCCACAAACUUUGGAGAUUUCACAGACAUGGAAGACCAAUAUUCACAAGCAGUCUGUGGCUAACUCCUUCAUGAUCUGUGGCUCCUUGUAUACCAUUAGUAGCUACUCAUCUCCUGAGGCCACUGUGAAUUUCAUCUACCGCACAAGUACAGGAAGCAGUGCACCGCUGAAGAUCAGCUUUGAGAACCGUUACAGAUACAGCAGCAUGAUAGACUACAACCCUACAGAGAAGAAAAUAAUGGCUUGGGAUAACUUCAACAUGGUGGCUUAUAACAUCAAACUUUCCAAGAUGUGAUUACCUUGGAGAGAUUGAUAAUGGGAAAAUAGAUAAUGGAAAUAGAGGUAGAAAUUAAAGUUUGAUAGCAAACUUUUCUCCCACUAAUUAUCAACUGACAUGAAUCACCCAGAAUUUCUCCUGAGCUACCCUAAUAGAAAGAAAAAGCUAUGCAAUGUGGGAUUGACUCUUAAUCCUUUUAAUGAGUGUAUACAAUAAAAUAGUCAAUGAUUUAUACUUCAUGGAUAAUUUCCCACUCUGUUGUGUUUAAUCUUCUUUAAAACAUUAGCCUAUGCAUGCUGCAGCCAACUGUAACACAAAGUCAUACACCUCUCAAAAUGAUAUGGAGUCUCUUUUUUUCACAAUUUCUUUUUAAUUUCCACUCAAUAAGUGGAAUAUUUUGGUUGCUAGGCAGGACUGAAUCAAGUUUGUUACAUUUCAUUACAUUUACCGUAUAGACGGUGACUCAAAUUACAGAGGAGUAUAGAAACACAGAAUCAUAGGGCUGGAAGGGUUCUUGGAGAUUUUCUAUUCCAACUCUCUGCCCAAGGCAGGAGUCCUUAUACCAUCCUGGGCAAAUUAAUGCCCAAUCUUUAUUUGAAAACCUCCAGCAAUGGAGCAUUGACACCUCUGGGAGGCAAAUUGUUCCACUGAUUAAUUGUUCUCACUGUGAGGAAAUUUCUCCUCAAUUCUAGGUUGUUUCUCUCCUUGAUAAUUUUCCAUCCUUUUCUUCUUAUCCUGUCUUCUGGUGCUUUGGAAAAUAGGUUGACGCCCCUCUUCUUUGUGGCAACCCCUCAAAUAUUGGAACACUGCUUUUAUGUUUCCUCUAAUUCCUCUUUUCAUUAGACUAAACAUACCCAAUUCCUGACACUGUUCCUUAUAUAUUUUAGCCUCUAACCCUCUAAUCAUCUUUGUUGUUCUUCUCUGCACUAUUUUCAGAGUCCCAAUAUCUUUUUUAUAUUGUGGUGACCACACUUGGAUGCAAUGUUCCAAGUGUGGUCUUACUAAGGCAUUAUAAAGUAGUGCUAACUCGUCAUGUGAUUUUGAUUCUAUCCCUCUCUUAAUGCAGCCUUAGAUUGCAUUAGCUUUUUUGGCAACUGUAACAGACUGUAAGAGAUAUAACAGACUGUGAAAAUCCUUAAUUGUAUGAUUUGGGACAAGGUUAAAUGUAGAUGACAUCAAGUUAAUUUUUAUUCUAGAGGAUUCACCAGUUUUUUGGCCUGUUGCCUCAAUCCAGAAAUAAUCUGUAGGGUGUAUUCUUCCAUGUUCUUUCAUUGUUGAUCUUUCCAGCAAAACUGGUUUGGCUUGAGAAGAGCAACCGCUUCAUAAAGAGCAGUUCAACUGCUCUAUAAAAAUUGUGGGGAUUUGGUACAUGAGUGUGACAUCAUCAAAGGCUGCUCACAAGCCAAUCAGAAUAAGCCACUGAUGACAAAUUCACACAAAUUUCAUUAAUAUGGCAGCAGGCUAGAUGCUGCUUCUCUGCAGGAUGAGUGAGGUUUUAACAACUAGCCUAUGUGACAACAGAGAUCAAGCUGUCACCUCCCAUUCUUGCCUGUAUCAGAAAAAGCUUCUCUGAUGUACAUAAGAAUAAAGCCAUCAAGAAGAGUAAUCCAAGCAGCAAUCUGGAAUGCAAAUAAGUGAUCAGAAAGGUCAUCCACCUUAGCUGGAGGUUUGGUACUAUGCAGUCAAUUUCUUUUUCUUUUAAUAUGCUCCUUCAUUAUCCCUGUGGACAAUUUAAACCAUAGUAAGAACUUUACUGAGAACUACGUUCAAAUUAAUAUUGAUUUUUAAAUAAUUUGCUUAAAGGGUAACAGAGUUUUCUAAAUACUAGCUUAGUUUUUCUCAUUUGUGUUCCACAUGUGCUUUUUGAUCUACAUUUUCAGGUUCCUCAUGUAUAUAUUUUUCCCUUUCACAUGUAUACAAGAUGUACCCUAAGAAUCUGAUAGCACUAGAAAUUUGGUCCAGUAUCUUGCUUCCUAUAAUCAGAGAUUUGGAAACAGGGCAUACAAUUAUGGAAUUGCCAAAAUAUACCUCCAGAUGAAAAUGUGUAAAUAAGUCUAAGAACUUCCUGCAGUUGCAUCUGAUCUUCCAACUAAGGAAGGGCAGUGCCUAUAAUGAUCCUGUCAAGUGCCCAAGUAUUUUAGUGAAAAUCUAUAUUUCCUAUUUAUUGUUCUUCAACCUGUUUAAUUUUCAACAGGGUGGGGGAACGGAAUGGUUAAAAAUGACAUGGAGGCAAUCUGGAGUCCGAGAUGCUCCAGGUGGGAAAGGUCUAAGAGAAAGAAAGCUGAGCUCCAAAGGAAUAUCAGGUUCAGAGAUAGAAGUGUUCUAGACCUUGUCAGGACCUUUAACCAAUCUAGAAUAGAUCAUCCAGGUAUCCCCACCCACCCAUCAAAAAUACAGCAACACUAGAUGUAAUAUUAAAGAAUCUCCAUUCGUUUCUUAACUCGCAAUAUUUUUGGGAAAAAAUUGGAUGGGAUAGGGGAGGGAAUUUGAGGACUCUAUAUAAUUAGCCUUUAAAGAAAAAUACUGCAAGUAGUCCUUGGCUUACAACAGUUCAUUUAGUGACUGUUCAAAGUUACAAUGGCAUUGAAAAAAGAGACUUCAGUCCAGUUUUCACAGUUAGGACCAUUGCAGCGUCCCCAUGGUCAUGUGAUCAAAAUUCAGACGCUUUGCAACUGGAUUGUAUUUAUGACUCUCCCAGUAUCCCAGGGUCCCCUUUUGCAACCUUCUGACAAGGUCAUUGGGGAAGCCAUUACUAACUUAACAACUGCAGUGAUUCACUUAACAACUUUGGCAAGGAAGGUCAUAGAAUGAGGCAAUACUCACUUAACAAUUGUCUCACUUAGCAACAGAGAUUUUGGGCCCAAUUGUGGUUGUAAGUCAAGGACUAUCUGUAUUGGCUCAAGUCAGUAUCCAAACUAGAAUCUUCAAGUCACUGAACUAUUUUACUUUGAGUAGGUCCACCUAUGUAUUAAGCCACAAUUUAGAUCCGAUUUAUUAAAUAGACCACACUUGACUGGACUGAGAUGGCAUACUAAGACUGAAUCAAACAAAUCACAUUAUGGCUUAGCAUACCAUAUGACCCAGCAUUCUGUCAUAAUUUAUAUCUCUUCUCAGCCAGCAACAUAUUUCUUGAGAUAAUCUAUCUCAAUAAAGUAUAAUUCCAGUCAAGCUGGUGCACUAGGUUUCCAGCCCUACCUCAAGGGGUUGGCACCAUUCCUUCAGAUACUGCUGUUCCUACUUUUUCACCUGGUUCAGUAUUUUUAUCUUUUUUUCAUGCAUAAACUCUCUCUCUUAUAUUUCUUCUUCGAUUGCUAAUAUCACCCACUGUUUCAUAAUUCUAAACAGAUGACAUCAAUUAAGAGACAUAGUUUCAUCCAAAUUACUGCAUUUACUUCCAAAAUAAAGUACUGCAUUAUAUAAUGUUUUUAAAAAAACAAAUUAUGAUGAAAUUCUCCCAGAACUGUUUCCAUGGUAAGAAAUCCUUUCUGAUUCAGGAUUAGUCUACAUUAACUAAAAACAUCUCUGAUUUAUGAUAGGACAAAGCCAACAUUACUAUACCAGUUUAAUCUGCUCCCACCAUGACAUCCAAAUCAAGGUACAUUUACAUGAUUAAAUUAAUUAUUGGUUAAUGAGAAUUGGGUUUUUUUUCUCCUUGCAGAUCAAAAUGUAACAGGUUUAUGACAGAAAAAAAUCUACUGGAUAACUCAGAAUAAUAAGUUAUUUGUUGCCAAGCCUUCAAAUAUGCUCAGAUCCUGUUGGGGCUUGUAUCCAGUUGGACUUUCUCCAAGCUUUCUGUCAUCCUUGAUCUAGCCAUCAACAUAAUAAUCUCAUCACUACCAUUGUCAAAAUCAACAGCUUCUUAGGGUUGUAAUCAGAAGUCGAGGGGGCUCUAAUGUUGUUUCAACCACUGGGGACACUUUUCCAUUCCAAAGGUCAGUCUGGGCUUUGACAAAAUUAUCUCCAAGGUGACAUAAACCCCCCAAGAAUCAGCAAGAAAUAUAGAAAAGGCCUCCACAUUCUAGGUUAUUUAAUGCCACUCACUUGUAUGAUCUGCUAGAAUGAGUGGAGUCAAAUAUCCAUUGGAACAGAUUUCUCUGUGCUGGGGAGCAAUGAAAUGGUCACGCAUCAAUGCCAGAUGAUUUACUACUCAGAAGCUCAGAAGAAUGGAUGUGAGAUGUCACUGCACACCACCUUUAACACCACCCUUUUCAGAUACCUCUUCCCAUUUGUCCCAUGGGAUCCAAAAUUUAUCUCCUCAUGGCCUUAGUAGAGAAUUGCCCUGCAAGUACGUGGUCCACUCUGUAAGAUCUCACCAAAGGCUGCCUUGCCCUUGCAAUCAGAGCUGCAUGCGAUGUCUCCUAGAGAACCAGUCCUUUUCCACCAUUAAUGAGAACUUAUGCCCACAUCUCAUUAACAAAAGGUCUCCAGUCUGCUGCCAAGAAAACCAAAACACUGUCAGUCUUGAAUCAUGUGUCCAUUCUCACCCUUUGUGGCUCUCAGCUCAAAUAGAAGCAAAUAGGAUACAGCCUUUGCUAGGUAGCUGGGCUGUGCUUUCCAAAGUUCCUGUGCAAGAGGCAAUUGAUCUAUCUGAACAGCAAGCGAUGCCUGAGAACUGCAUUGUUUACUCCCUCAACGCAAAGGAUUUAGACUCUACAGGGCAAAGUAGACAUUGUGUUCCUUCUGUACCAAAACAUUAUGCUAUCUAUUCAUCACCCAUUUCCUCCAGUUACCACUUGCAAAAUGAAAUUGGUCACCGAUUCUCUAAUAACAUACCACCCUUGCUUGUUGCUCUGUAUCCCAGGGAACGGGGUUUGCCACCUUACGUAGAACAACUAGCCCAAAUCGAUCGAACUCCCACACCUUCCCUGGCAGAGAGUUAUCUGGCCUUCUCUGGCUAAUAGACCAUAUGCCAAGAAUACUGAAAUUUUUGCUUGAGCUAAAGUCUGCAAAUUCAUCCAAUCACUUGCUUUGCCCCUCGCUAUGGAAGCUUGGCUUUUUUCAUCCGGCUGCUUUGGACUGGCUGAUCCUUAAGCAUCAUGGCGGAGAUGGAUUUGAACAACAUGAGAAGUGCUAUGGCAUAUGAUGCUGCUUCUUGAAUUAAGGUUGGUGUGUAGGGUGGGUGCAAAAGUUGUCCCUUAUGGUAUUUAUCAGCUUUAUUCCUGGAUCCUGUAAUUCUAUACUCUA